AUGGAGAAAUGCCAACGUAUCGCCAUGAUCAAACGAAUCCUUGAUGCAUCACCAAAUCUCUCGUCUCUUGUAGUAUCAUGGAGAGAUUUUCGUCACUGUUCACGAAAAUACUUAAAUCUGAAACAUGUGCAUCUCUUAUUAAAUGGACACUAUGACAAUCCAAAACGUUAUUUUACUAUUCAUCGAUUAAAUGAAUUAGUACCUCAUCUAUAUUCACUUGAAACAAGCGAUUCAGUUAUGAUGCUGAAUGAACACCUUGUUGAAUUUAUUUUGAACAUUAGUCAUCAAUUUGAUCAAUUGGUACAUUUAGUAUUAAACAGAAAUUGUCUUUAUCGAUCCAAGAACGAAAAAAAGCUCUUGUUCAGAGACAAAUUAAUUGCAGCUACUCGUGAUCAAAUAUUUCAUGGUUGCAAUAUUCAUUUUGAAUUUCGUACUUAUGACGAAUUACGUAUUUGGUUCUAA